GGUCACGCGACCUAGAAGCUUAUUUAGCUCCUCGUCGUUGCGGAUGGCUAGCUGCAGGUGGCGCGGGAUGAUGCGGGUCUUCUUGUUGUCGCGAGCCGCGUUGCCAGCUAGCUCCAAGAUCUCAGCGGUCAGAUAUUCCAGCACCGCCGCCAGGUACACAGGAGCGCCCGCCCCGACUCGUUCGGAAUAGUUGCCCUUGCGGAGGAGGCGGUGGACACGGCCGACUGGAAACUGCAGCCCGGCCCUGGAAGAACGCGUUUUAGCCUUUGCCCGAGCUUUGCCGCCUUGCUUUCCACGUCCAGACAUAGUGGCUUCCUAGCAGCACAAGAGAUAACAACCAACAGGAUAAAGAAAAAGAAUGUGCUCGAUGGAGGAAUAAGAAGCUAGUUAUAGUCGUCGGUAGAAUUGUAAAAGGCGCAGUUUGAUUGGUUAAAAUUAUUCUUUGACGAAACAACCAAUUAGAAAGGAAAUAAGGUGAAAGCUAUUUUACAUGUAUGCGUCACUAACACAUUGCCCAAUCAGUGCUGAAUAAUUUGAGUUCUUUAUUUGCAUAAAAGACGUAUAAAAGGAGAGACUCUAGACACGAGCUGUUAUUUAAGUGCUUUCAUCCUUACUGUUGUUCUUAAUUUCUGACAAUAUGCCUGAGCCAGCUAAGUCAGCUCCUGCUCCCAAGAAGGGCUCCAAGAAGGCUGUGACCAAGGCGCAAAAGAAGGAUGGCAAGAAGCGCAAGCGCAGCCGUAAGGAGAGCUACUCCGUAUACGUGUACAAGGUGCUGAAACAGGUUCACCCGGAUACCGGCAUCUCAUCGAAAGCCAUGGGCAUCAUGAAUUCCUUUGUAAACGACAUCUUCGAGCGCAUCGCAGGCGAGGCUUCCCGCCUGGCGCACUACAACAAGCGCUCCACCAUCACCUCCAGGGAGAUCCAGACGGCCGUGCGACUGCUGCUUCCUGGAGAGCUGGCCAAGCACGCAGUGUCCGAAGGUACUAAGGCUGUCACCAAGUAUACAAGCUCCAAGUAAAUGUGUGCUUAGGCACUUUAGAACUCAAAGGCUCUUUUCAGAGCCACUCAAGUCUCACAUAAAGAGCUUUAAU